AUCAAUGGGCUUAUCCAAAAAACUAAACCAACAAAACCAAACAAAUUCCAUUCGGCUAAGUGAAAAAAGAAGAAAGAGAGCAACAAUGGCUCUCGUCGUCUGCUCCACUUCUCUCAAUUCACCUCUCCUUUCUUCCUCAUUUUCGUCGUCAUCUUCGACUUCGGUAACCUCCAUUCCCAGUAUUUCCAGGCUUCAAAUUAAACCCAUUGAUGUGCACUCAAAAUGUAUGUACGGAGUUCAAGUUCAAAUGCCUAUAGCGAUCAACAGGGCAGCUUUUGCAGUGGUAAAAGUUUCUUCUGAAACUGAUGGAACUGGUCAAACUGAAAGUAGUGAGGCUCCGUCAGAAACCAAAGAGGUAGAAGUUUCAGUUGACAAACUUCCAUUGGAGUCAAAGCUUAAGGAGAGAAUGGAGCAGAAGCUGAGGAUGAAAUUGGCUAAGAAAAUCAGGCUUCGGAGAAAACGUCUUGUUCGGAAGCGAAAACUGAGGAAGAAGGGGAGAUGGCCUCCUUCAAAGAUGAAGAAGCUUAAGAAUGUUUGACCUUUUCCUCAAGACUUGAUCUUCUUGCAGGUUGAGUUCUGAUCCUUUUAUUCUGAGGUUGUUUUUUCUAUUCCAAACAUGUGUUAUAUCGACUGAGUUUCAAUUUGUUUUUGAAUCAUAAUGGAUUUAGUUUGUCCAUUGAUAAACAAUUCAAAUUUGGUGUGUUUUAUUCAGUUUUACAGAAACAAGUCCUGAGACUGAAUGCAAAUUAUCAGCUGUUAAAUAUUAUCAACUGAAACUGAGAACUGAGAAUUGAAAGAAUUGUAAUAGCUUUUUUAAAUUGUUUAAGUGAAUUGAAGCCAUGUAGCCAUUAUGUUUUUCAAAAGGAGAAUUCAAAUUUGUUUA